AUGGAUCAGCGAAUCACUUCGACACCCUUCUCGAAUCAAGUCCGUCGCGAUCGGCGACCGCGCAUCUUGAAUCAGGGGGCUCCUGUGUCGAUCACCACCCAUUCGUUCUCGAGAGCGCUGGUGUCUGCCGCGACGGUGCGUUGGUUCUCUCCGCUGCUGGAUGGCUUCGUUUGCCCGCCAUAUGGGCCUUCGGUCACGGAGGUGGUCUCGUCACCGGCGCUGUCCUCGCAGCAGAUGGCGCCUGUGGCUCCGAGCCGUCGACGCUAA